UUGCUGAGCAGGGAGGUCGCUAGAGGAUCCGCGAAAGGGGAGGAUUCACGUUUUAUGCGGUCCUCUCAACCCCAUCUAUAUAUACCAGCAAUGGUAUUAUCCUAUUUGAAAUUAUUUAUUUAUAAAGCGGCCUAUUAUAACUAAACAAAGAUAAAGAACUUCUUGUUUAUAAUGCUUCGUAUAAGGAAAGCAUCUACCCAAAAACAGCAAGCUGGACAACGUUCUCAACAAACGUAGGAUGAUCCGCGAACGAAUGGCUGCUAACAUAGCUAAUUUCAAUGAAGACUGCUGCAUUUUUUCGGAAAAAAAAUUAUUACGACCGACAAUCAUUGUCGUUUGACUACUUGCAAAGGACUCAAUGUGGAUUUGCACUAGGUUAUGAAAAUGAGGUUGUAAACCGCCGUCGCAGGUUCUGAAGCUUUUGGAGGAUUGUGAAAGAGGACUGUUGUAUUGUGUAAAAAGCAAAUCAGUGUCGAUGAAUAGCACCACAAGGAAUGAUAUGAAAUUUAAGACACCCUGGGGAUACUGCUUCUGCUAAGACUAUUUCCAGAAAUCUCAAUCAAAAUUGAUUGACGACAUCCUAUUGUUUUUUUCCGAAUCAUCAAAGAACGCUUCUGACGACAGGGGUUACCCCAGCUCGUUGAAGAUACAGUCAGAUCACCGCACGUUUACUCACGAAUAUACAGCAAUGUCUCUCCACAGAAGCAUCGAACUGGAGCACUUCGAGGAACGGGACAAGGCGCAUCGCUCUACUCGAGCCGUGGGCUCGAGCUCGCAGUCUGGGUCCAGGGCAAAUAGUCUGGUUCCCAGCCCAGCUCAUAGCGCCAAUUGUAGUUUGUAUCGCACCCGCACAUUGCAGGCGCUAAGUUCCGAGAAGAAAGCCAAGAAAGUUAGAUUUUACCGAAAUGGAGACAAAUAUUUCAAGGGUUUGGUGUAUGCGGUUUCCAACGACCGCUUCCGGUCCUUCGACGCUCUGCUGAUGGAACUGACCAGGUCACUGUCGGACAACAUGAACCUGCCCCAAGGAGUGCGAAGCAUAUAUUCUUUGGAUGGAACAAGGAAGAUUUUAAGCCUGGAAGAGUUAGUAGAAGGGGAGAGCUACGUCUGCGCCUCGAACGAGCCCUUCCGCAAGGUGGACUACACCAAGAACGUGAACCCCAACUGGGGCGUGAACGUGCGGGUGGCGGCGGCCGCGGCGGCGGCAGCGACGGCGGCGGCGGUGGCCUCGGGGGGCGUGGCCGUGCGCUCGCACUCCGCCCUGUCCCAGCGGAGCGAGUCGCGGGAGAGCAAGGACUUCAUCAAGCCCAAGCUGGUGACGGUGAUCCGCAGCGGCGUGAAGCCGCGCAAGGCCGUGCGCAUCCUGCUCAACAAGAAGACCGCCCACUCCUUCGAGCAGGUGCUCACCGACAUCACCGACGCCAUCAAGCUGGACUCCGGCGCGGUGAAACGCCUCUACACGCUGGACGGGAAGCAGAUCACCUGCCUGCAGGACUUCUUCGGAGACGAUGACGUGUUCGUGGCGUGCGGCCCGGAGAAGUACCGCUACGCCCAGGACGACUUCGUGCUGGACCACAGCCGCAAGGCGUCUGCGACCUUCGUCAACGAGUGCCGGGUGAUGAAGUCCUCCAGCCCUCGCCCCGCCCCAGCAGCGCGGCCCUCGGGAUCCAGAAGCCCCGGGUCCUCACGCCGCAUCAAAUCCCCAGGAACAGCGAGAAGAGCCGGACAGUAUUCUUCUGGCUACUCCCCAGUCAGAUCCCCAGCCAAUGGGACUCCUGGAAGCCAGAUCUCUACGCCCAAGUCCACAAAGUCCUCCGGCUCCUCUCCCACGAGCCCGGGGAGCAUGCGCAGCCUCAAGAUUUCUGCUCUUCACGGGUCUGCCUCCAACGUGAACGGGGCCAUAGACCAGAUGGCUGACCUGGGUCUUGAGACAGUUAACGGGAACAGGUGCCUGCUAGCCUCGGCCAUCCUGGACAAAUACAAGGUGGGCAAGGUCAUUGGAGACGGGAACUUUGCUGUUGUAAAGGAAUGCGUUGAGAGGUCCACGGGGAAGGAGUUUGCUCUGAAGAUCAUAGACAAGGCCAAGUGCAGCGGGAAGGAACACCUGAUCGCAAACGAGGUGGCCGUCCUGCGCAGGGUCAAACACCCCAACAUCAUCAUGCUGAUCGAGGAGGUGGACACGCCCACUGAGCUCUAUCUGGUCAUGGAGCUGGUUAAGGGCGGGGACCUGUUUGAUGCCAUUACCUCCUCGACCAAGUACACCGAGCGGGACGCCAGUGCCAUGGUGUUUAACCUGGCCGGUGCCCUCAAAUACCUGCACCAAAUGAGCAUCGUCCAUCGGGAUAUUAAACCCGAGAACCUGCUGGUGUGUGAGUACCCUGACGGCACCAAGUCUCUGAAGUUGGGAGACUUUGGACUGGCCACCGUGGUGGAGGGCCCGCUGUACACUGUGUGUGGGACGCCCACCUAUGUGGCCCCCGAGAUCAUCGCCGAAACAGGAUACGGGCUGAAAGUGGACAUCUGGGCCGCUGGGGUCAUCACCUACAUCCUGCUCUGCGGCUUUCCUCCGUUCCGCAGUGAGAAGAACGUUCAGGAGGAUCUGUUCGACCAGAUCCUGGUGGGACGGCUGGACUUUCCCGCCCCCUACUGGGACAACAUCACAGACUCCGCCAAAGAGCUGAUUGGCCGGAUGCUGCAGGUGAACGUGGAGGCUCGCUACACAGCGGAGGAUGUCCUCUCUCACCCCUGGGUCACUGAUGAUGCUGAGAUGGAGAAUAUUCUGAAGGUUGAGAUGACAGGUAAACUGAAGCAGCACUUUAACUCCACACCAAAGCAGAAUAACGCCUCGGCAGGAGUGUGCGUCCUCAUGGUGAGCACUGAGACUGGUCUGGCUAACAGCUAGCGCCCCACAUCUUCUCACAAGCACACUCUCUUUCACUACAAUUCAUCACUAGCGUCUCACAGUUAGAGCUAUGAUACUACUGCUAUCAUCCUGUUGCUAACAUCUCACUAUAAACAUCUUGUAUCCAACAGCGUCUCAAACACUCUUUCUCCCAAAUUCAUCGCUUACACCUCAUAAGAACCUCACCUGUUUCAUUAACAGCUCGCAUCACACAGCUUCUCACAAACACACUCUCUCUACAAUUCAUCGCUAAUACUUCACACGACCUUAUCUCUUUUGUUAAGAGAUAGCAUCCCAUAGCUUUUCACAAACACACCCUUUCUCUAAAAUAAAUCACUAACACCUCACAAGAACCCCAUGUUCCAUCAACAGCUUAUGGACCUAGCUUCUUACAAACAUCAUCUUUCAUACUAAAAGCAAAUUGCCUGCUGCCAUACAAUACAACUACAAACAUAUCUCACAAACUUUGUCCACCUGAUAUACAGUCAAUUACAGUUACAGAGAUUUUCUGUACAUCUUGGCCAGGUUUUGUAGCCUGUAAUUCAGUGGAGAUCUGCUGCAUGUCUAUAUUACUCGAUCUUAACGCAUAAUUAAAACUGAGAUUAAGCAGAGAUUAAUUAGAUAGAGAGGGGCCAAUCGCAAUGAAUGUGAAGAAGACCACCAAAUCAGCACAUUAACUGAGCAGAUUAGACCAAGGCUAUGCUGACACUGCAGGAAAUGAUGGCAUCUAAAACCCUUUCCCUGAAAAAAAAUAACCUUGUGCAGUAACAUCUAUCUGGGAUGCUGUCUACCUUAUGUUACUCAAACACAAGGUCUUUACAGAACAAUGUAAAUCCAUCACAGAACAAAGGGACAAACAUUUAUAUUUGAUGGAAGAUGGCAUGAAUGUUCUGUCAUGGUCACAGGCAGGAAGACCUUGCAAUGUGAGGACAACCAAUACCAAAUACUUUGUCAAUGUUAUAGUCUUUUCUUUAGAAAAUGAAAAUAGUUCAUUUAAAGCAUCGGUUUGUCAUUAUAUCAUAGUUUAUCAUAAUAAUGGAAAACCUUUCAUAAUAGCUCAUUACACUGUCAACGGUAUUAAUUUCUUGCCAAGUCUUAUUUUAAUAAGCCAAAAUUCAUCAGUUGAAUAAUCACAUUCUGUUUCCAGUAAACAUUUAUGUAUUAUUGCCACAUAGUACUGAGCAAAAAAGCUACAUAUUUCAUUAGGCUUGAGAACUACAACAUACAGUAUAUAUAUCAUGCAGUUGCAUUCAGUUAGUAAUUCCUUGGUAAUUAAAUAAUUUGGGGGCUACAAUGGGAUGCUGAGCAGCGGAUUUCUUGAAGAGAUUUAGCACCACCUUGCUGCUGGAGUACUGAAUUACAGGCUGUAAAAUGUUGCUCUGAACAAGGCUUCCGGAUCAAUAUGCAAUAUUUUCUGAGUGCUAUGGCCAGCUCAAGCUAUCCACACACAAUUUGAUUGAAGUGCUCCUACUAUCCAAGAUUCUCUAAGUUAGCAUGAAACAUAGAACGGAACCACCCGUUGGUUUUCAUAGGACUUAUGGAUUUAUGAAAUAAGAGAUUAGACGUGUGACCAUUUGGGAGUUUACAUCCAGAAAUCCACACGCACACACACACACACACACACACACUCACAAAGACACACACACUUUUCUUGCAGCAUUUUCCACAGUUCACUUUGUGUUUCCAAUCGGUUUCCAGGGUUUUGUCAGAUCAGACAUGUCAUUGGUUUGUGAUCCUCAGUGACUGAGACGCAGGAGGCAGUGUGUAAAGUGCAUUAGAUGGUCCCUCUGCUACAGUGUGGGGUGGACGGAACCUGGUGACUGUUACUGUGUAGAGCCCAUGCACAGUUGGCAUGGCAACUACAGAUCUCUCUUUCUUUUCCUGUCUCCCCUUUUCUGCAUGGGAGGGGGAGGG